GCAUCAUCAUGGAGCGUUGGUGCAACAAAGUGGCCAUGGUUAGUGGAGCAAGUGCCGGAAUCGGUGCGGCAUGCACUAGGGCCUUAAUCGGUGCAGGAAUGGUCGUUGUGGGUCUGGCCAGGCGACAGGAGCGAGUUGAGAUGCUCCGCAAUGAAUUGAGGCCCGAACAGCAGUCCCGGUUGCAUGCAAUCAAGUGCGACAUUACGCAGGAGGAUCAAGUAUUGAAGGCCUUUGACUGGACGUGCAGGGAGUUAGGUGGCGUUGAUGUCUUGGUCAGCAAUGCCGGUAUUAUAGGUACCGGUGAACUUAGCGAGCGGAAUGACGGUGCGGCUAUGAGGUCCACUGUGGAGACAAACAUCAUGGGCACCGUUUACUGCGUCCGCGAGUCCUUUCAUUCGAUGAGGAAACGAGGUUCUGAAGGUCACGUGGUUAUCGUGAAUAGCAUUGCGGGCUAUCAGGUUCCCAAUCUGGGUCCCCAGCUUCCUUCGCUGAACAUCUAUCCGGCCACCAAGUUUGCCCUUCGCGCCAUGAACGAGAUCUAUCGCCAGGAGUUCCAGCGGCACAAGACUCCUGUGAGGGUUUCUACCAUUAGUCCGGGCAUGGUUGAUACGGACAUCUUGCCAGAGCAGAUCCAAGGGGUUAUCAAAGAGCACAUGCCCAUGCUAAAAAGUGCUGAUGUCGCCGAUGCCGUUCUUUGGGCCAUUGGAACUCCACCGAAUGUUCAGGUUCAUAAUAUAACCAUUAAGCCGCAAGGCGAGAAGUUUUAAUCUGCUUCCUGGGAUAAUAAAAAAUAAAUUGGACAACAUGCAAGCAUGGUGCUUGAUGCUAGUUUAUAAUUUUAUGAUUUAAUGAUUAGGUAAAAAAUAAAUAAGCAAACAAGA